UGCCUAGGACAAGUUUGACUUUCCCUUUGUUCUCACAUUUGAUCACCUAUCUGGACUUUAUGUAAGGUUGCUAUCUGUGACUCUUACCUGACUCCUUGUCAGGAACUUGUUGUUACUAUAAUCUCAGUUCCAUUACCUGCUCAUCUGAACUGUGGUUACGUACCUGCACUUGCCGUCUUGAUCUACUGGUGCAGGCUCCAGCCCCCGAGCUCAGUCUAGUGCCCGCUCUCACCUCAGAGCUCAGCCAGGAUCCUGCUCCAGUCCAUGAAUCCAAUUCCAGAGUUUGCUCCUAGUCCAGAGUCUGCUGCAAAAUGCUCUCCAGAAUCUGCUCCAGAAUGCUCUCCAGAGUCCACUCCAGAAUCAUCUCCCGAGUCUCCUUCAUCUCCGCUAGCCCCGUCCAGCUAUCCUGCAUAUCUUGAGCCCCUGAAGGGUCCGCCCAGUCCUCCUUCGUCAGUUCCAGUGUCCGCUCCUCCAGAGCACCCUCCGGUGCCCGAUCCUCCAUAGCGCCUCCCAGUGUCUGCUCCUCCAGUGUGCACUCUAGUGUUCUCUGCUCCUCUACCAGAGCUCAGCCUGGAGCUUUGUUCCUUAGCCAUCUGAAACCAAGAAAGUACUGUUACUAUAAUCUCAGCUAAGUUCCAUUACCUGCUCAUCUGAACUGUGGUUACUUACCUGCACUUGCCAUCUUGAUCUGCUGCUGCGCUGCAAAAUUAGCCCGUUGUUACAGCUACUUACUUGAGUGUUCUCCUGUGUAUUGCUGAAAGAAGACCAGACCUAACAAAACAUGAAGAGGGCUGAAGUUUUCAUCCUCUCUCUCUCCAGCGAGGCGGUCGACCUCCUCCCUGGCAAGACAGUCUCUGGAGCGAUUUGUGGAGGAGUUUUUGGAGUUCUCCCAUCUGAAGUUAAGAAUUGCCCAUCGCAAAGACAUAUGGAUGCUCCAAGUCACCCCAAGCCUGCCAUCAAACUCUCCACUUCCCUGGACAUCGGAAUAAUCUUUUCUGUCCCAGAGGUCAUUCCAGUCUCAGACUCCACUCCAGUUUUAAACCCAGAGCCCGUUCCUGAGACAAUGGCUCCCAUAACCUCUGCCAAAAGAAGGAAGCGGAGUAAGGCUAAGCAUUCAGUAAUGGCUCAAGUUCCCAAUUUCUGGCCAGAAUUGACUUCAGUUCCAGAAUCCAUUUCAGAGUCCAGUGAUGAGUCUGCUCCAGUCCCAGAGUCCAGUAAUGAGUCCGCUCAAGUUUCAGAGUGCUGUAUCAAGUCUGUUCUGGCCCCGGAGUCUGCAUCAGAGCUCACUCCAAUCCCUGGAUCUUCCUCAGAAUGUAUUCUUACUAGUGAAUUCAUUUUAAGUUUCAACAUGAUUCUUUUUGUAAUAUCAAGUUUUGGUCUUAUAUUUUCUAGGAAUUGAAUUGAAAUUGAAUCUUUGUAAAAAAAAAAUAAAAAAAAAGUAAAAUCAUAUACAUACACACAAUCAUAUACCCGAGACACAAGCCACUUUAAAAUGUAAGUUUAAUUGUAACAUAGGCCUAUUGUAUACUAGUUUUAACAGCGUACUGUAGGUAUUUUCUACAGCCAGACAUCGGGAGUCUGUUGUGGUGUAUGUUUUUUCAUUUAACUUAAUCUUUGCUUUUUAAGUGCAAUUAAAUAUUCUCAGGGUGAAGACGUCACAUAUGUUGUUUCGUUCAAGCACAGUUUACUACUGUGAAAAGUCAGUGGGCAUCCAAAGAAUGUCUUUUCUCUGUAUCAGCCUUUUGU